UUUAUUUCAGAAGGCGACGAAGAGGACAUCGAUGGAUAAAUUGAUUACAACAACAAUGUAAAAGAGGAUUGUAUAUAUACAUGUGAUACACGAGUUCUCGUGCGGUGCAUUAUGUGACUAUUUAAAAGAGGUUGUACGAAGCAAAAACAAAUAAAAAAUGUGGAACAUACAUGACGUUUGAACUGUGAGGUUUUUUAAGGAGUCAUUAGGACUGUGAUUAUGUGAGAAUUAUAUAAUAGGCUAGACCAAGGGACCGUUCCAAAAGCGGAUAUAGAGGGAUAUUUCUAAUUGCUGGAACAUAGCACAUAUGCAUGCAGUGUCAAUAUUAUAUGAGUCAUUAUUGUAUUGCUUUUAGAAUUAUGAAUACAAUAGCGGUGUAGCAUUUUUUUAUCCUGUCAUUCGGGGGGAAAGAUAAAGCACAUGUUACAGUGAUUACCUCGGCGACAAAUACAUCCCGGAGCCGUCAUCCUGUUACACGGCCAUGAGUUGGUAUUCCCAUAUGAUGCGGUCCCAGGAGAUCGCGCGAGGGAAGAAUCGGCGGGAAGCGCGGCGUGCGGAGAACCGCCGCGUCGGGGCGGAGUUUGUCGCGCAGUACCGCCUCGCCGCCCUGGACAAGGAAAAGAAGAUGAUCGAGAAGGAGCUUGAACGGAUCCGGCAGGGCGUACAUAGGCCGCCGAAGCUUGACGACAGGGCGAAAGAGAAAGAUAAACACGUGCUCACUGUGACCUCGCCGAGGUACAAACAAAUGAACACGCAACGCAAACAAUAUGAUGACAAUGAAAAGAGUAACGCCUUUGUGACCCAGUCUAUCAACCCAGUGUAUUCAGAGGAUGAGAAUAAGCUUUAUGAUGCCAUAGUUUUCUUACAAAACAAUCCGUCAGCAUUAGUGCCAGUUCUUGCCGCACAUGCAAAGAGUGACGCUUACUUAGAAACGCUGGGACGUAUAACACCCCAUCUGAAAUCAGCCCAAGGGGAAAACCAACCAUUUGUACCGCGAUAUCUACAGGACAAGGCAACUAACACGGAAAAGGCAGUUUUACUGAACAAAUACACGUCAUUGUUGCAUAGAAGUAGUCCCAUUCUGAGACGAAGUAGUCCGUUAAGAACACGACCAAGUGGUGGCCCACUUACCAAUCGUGAAAGCCCUCUCCUUCAGGGAGAACACGCGGGGAAUAGUUCUUACCGGGCCUCCGCUCCUCUACCGCAUAUAGAAAAUAUAAACACUGAAAGGACGGACGACCGAACUCCCAGAGAUGGGCAGGCUGACAUACCCAAUGGCGCACAAUCGUUGAGGAACGACGGGAAUGUAGAAAAGAAUCUACACACCGGAACCGGAAAUUUAUCCAGCCCACGGCGGAACAAGCCGAAGCCUCUCACGGACCUUACCGACUCCGAACUGAAGGCGGCGCGCGAUAAAAUCAACCAUCGUCUUGGUAACAACGCAGACGAUAUCGACAUGUCAACGUCAGACGCCGCUGUAACGGACACGAAGUCAAAAGCAGACGACAAAAAAUCCAAGCCAGUGCCAAAGGCGAUGUUCCCGGCCUUUGACCCGGAUACUUAUAACCCGGAUGGUUCCCUGCGCACGGUUCAUCAGAUGCCAGAGUUCGACCAGCGCUGGGAACAAGCGGAGAAGGCUCGUUACAUCCGCACCAAGGACCUGCUAGAUAGAGAUCGGGAACUCUCGGUCAACGAAAUAUUUGACAAGGGCGAUCGCUCCGAGCAGACAAAGUCUUGACUCUCUCGUCGAUUGUGUAUAGACUGGUUUUCUUGUCAUUAUUUCUACUUUGUGUGAUUAAUAAAACAUGCCGUUUAAACCAUCUUCAA